AUGGACUCAAAUCCAACAAGGUAUACCUCGUAUGAGGCGACUGUCCGGCUUAUUGAAGCUGCCCGGCUUACACCGACUGAGCACUCGAUCUGGAGAGCAUUUCUGGACGAGGCGAUCGAUCCGGAAUACGCAGCUCGAUAUAUCUGGGAAAGUAUCAAUACCUCUUUUGGUCGCUCUCCAGAGCAGGUGUUGGAUGAGUUGAAAUCUCACUGGAAGCAAGUUGUCACAAAACUGGCUCGGAGAGACCCAGUGUCCUUUGAAGCAAAAUGUCUGACCGAGACUCGUGAUGGUUCACAUUGCUUCAUGUUAUGUCGAAAGCGAUCGAGCCCUAGCAUAUCCAUUUCAUUUGAUCAUGUUCGGGUGAUCCCACCGAGUCUCUUUGACGGCCAUGACAUGGAUCCUCCGUAUUUUGUUUCCAGGCAGUUUCCCGAGCCUUGUGGCUCACUAUUCCUCAGCGAUGGCCGCAAAUGGGAUAAUGCAAUGCAGAUGUUCAUAAUGGAGACACGAGACUCCGAUCUACCUCUCCCAGAUCCAUUCCUAUUACGAACACAUUUCCGUCUCGCGGUUUCAUUACAUCUUUUUUAUGUCGAAGAGCGAAUUUCUGAGGGUUGGCCCUCGCUUCAGUCAUGUAUGAAACACGGAUCCUUCACAAGCGGAACAAGAGAGGCUAACUUAUCUACUUUGGACAGUCUCCUUGAGUCUAGCAUCUCAGAAGAGGCUCCGCUCUCUCUGGCAUGUUGUACCAAAGGCGAUUCAUGUUCAGUGCUAUCGCAUUCUUCUCAACUAGGGAAACAUCUCUACGAACGGUCCUUUACUGGCCUCGUGCAUCACCUGCCGUUCGGGCUGUACGCGAAAGAAUGCAGCCGCUCCUCUGAUAACGAAGGCGAAGCCUUGCGCUUGGUAGAGCAAUACACCUCGAUACCAUCACCCCUUUGGGUGGAUGAAUACCACGACAAGCUGACCGUUCUCGUCAUGACCGCUGUGUCUGGGCAACCGCUGGACACGGUAUUUCACCGGCUCUCGUAUUCAGAGCGCGAGCAACUGUCAAAAGACUUGAAAUCUGCCCUUUCGCAGCUGCGUUGCAUUCCAAAUAAGACCUCGCACGCAUUCAGUAACACUUGCGGUGGCCCAAUGAUAGAUCAUCGGUUUCCCUCCGGAUCUCGUGGCCCGUUCCACCUUAUCUCUGAAUUCAAUGCCUUACUCGUCCAUGGCUGUGUACGCCAAGGGACAAAAGCGAAAAUCACCUCUGUGCAUGCCCGUCAGUACCGAUCUGUCUUCACCCAUACGGACCUCCACCCCAGCAAUAUUCUUAUAGACCGUGGACGUCUGUCUGGGAUUGUGGACUGGGAAUGCGCCGGCUUCUUUCCUGAGUACUGGGAGUUCACUAAGCUGACGUAUGGGGCUAUGCACGAUGCAGAACUUCGACAAAUCAUUCGAGGUGCAUUUACGGAGGGUGGCUAUGAAGAAGAGUUGGAAGCUGAGAAGCUACUCUGGUCUGACACACCGUUUGGUGUCUAG